AUGCCUUUCCACAAGCUCGUCAAGAACAGCGCUUACUACAGCCGCUACCAGACCAAGUACCGUCGUCGCCGUGAGGGUAAGACCGACUACUAUGCCCGUAAGCGCUUGAUCACCCAGGCCAAGAACAAGUACAACGCCCCCAAGUACCGCCUGGUCGUCCGCUUCACCAACCGCGACAUCAUCACCCAGAUCGUCUACUCUGAGAUCUCCGGUGACAAGGUCUUCGCCAGCGCCUACUCCCACGAGCUCAAGCGCUAUGGCAUCACCAACGGUCUGACCAACUGGGCUGCCGCCUACGCCACCGGUCUCCUCCUUGCCCGCCGUACCCUCAAGAAGCUCGGCCUGGAUGAGCAGUUCCCCGGUGUCGAGGAGGCCGAUGGUGAGUACACCCUCACCGAGGCCGCUGAGACCGACGAGGGCUCCCGCCGCCCCUUCAAGGCUUUCCUUGAUGUCGGUCUUGCCCGUACCUCCACUGGUGCCCGUGUCUUCGGUGCCAUGAAGGGUGCCUCCGACGGUGGUAUCUUCGUUCCCCACUCCGAGAGCCGCUUCCCCGGUUACGACAUCGAGUCCGAGGAGCUCGACGCUGAGACUCUCCGCAACUACAUCUUCGGUGGCCACGUCGCUGAGUACAUGGAGGGUCUUGCCGACGACGAUGAGGAGCGCUUCCGCUCCCAGUUCCACAAGUACCAGGAGGCUGGUGUUGAGGCUGGUGACAUUGAGGAGCUCUACACUGAGGCCCACAAGGCCAUCCGUGAGGACCCCUUCAAGAAGGACGAGGAUGCUGGUGAGAAGAAGACCAAGGAGGAGUGGAAGGCCGAGAGCAAGAAGUUCCGUCCUCAGCGCCUCACCCGCGAGCAGCGCAAGGAGCGUGUUGAGCAGAAGAUCCGUGAGCUUGCUGCUUAA